AUGGACGCGGACAAGGUGAAGGAAGAACCCCAGAGUGUCUGGGAGAAGGCGAAGCCCAUGUUCACAAACAAACCAGCUAGCGGGUACUACGACCCCUGUCAAGAUUUCGCGGAUCGCAGUAUCAAAUGCAUGCGGCGCAAUGGUAACGAUAAGACGAUGUGUAGCGAUUACUUCCAAGCAUAUCGUGAUUGCAAAAAGGAAUGGACGACCCAGCGGAAAAACAAAUCCUAA